AUGGCCGCCGGCUGCGUCCUGAUCUGCUCAGUUGGCGUUGGUAACGGAGAAACGGAGAGCUGGGCGUUAGAAGACGUUUGGAACCACUGCACCUCUAAAAUCCUGUCCGUUAUCUUGGCUAGCCGUGAGACCGUGAGAUCUUUUGAGGUAGAUGCCAAAAUUGUUUGCACAUCGGCUGCCGGACGCUCCAGGAACAUUUCCUUGAAAGGUUUAUCAUCGAUUUUUAGCUCACCACGAAGGCCUUGCAUAUUUCUAAGAAGUUCGGUGGGUUUUCGGUCACCCAAGCACUCCUCGCGAAUAAGCUGUUGAUACCGCUGGCGAUCAGACACAUUAUGAAAUCGAAGGAGUGCUGCCUUAAGCUGCGUAUAUGGCUGGUCGACCGGGGGACUCUGAAUCUAUGAUUGUAACUGAGAAAGAACCUGUAACGACAAAGUCUGAAUCAAUUUGUGGAAUUUGGUCACUUCUUUGGCCAUGUUUGCAGAGCAAAAACUUGACUCAAUGCGAAGGAAUUAGACCUCAGGUGCAUUCUUUAAGAUUUCUGGUAAAGACAGUGCUACUGCGCUAAUAGAAUCGCCUCCAAUAGCAGAGGCGUCCGUCAUAACUGUGGCUGCAGUAAGAUUUGAGUAAAAGUGCACGCGAGGAAAGGAACAAUACGGCACUGCACAAUGGUUGGCUGGUUAUAGUCGGCGAGUAAAAACGCAUGAGAGGGCGACGCACGUUCUCGUUCAGUGGUCACCACUUUAGCAGGCAAACCAAUCGAUAACUCGAUCCCACGCUAGGACUAGGUUGAGAAAAACCAAUCAAAACGACCGCGGCAGGCCGGACUUAGCUAUCAACGCCGCCCAGAGAAGAACAAAGCCAAUGGGUAAAAAGUCAGUUAGUCAAACCGAAACUAACACCAGUUGGAGUGUGUGCAUAACUGUUACAAAAACACCAACUUAAAUAAAAGUAUAUAUGCGAGUCUGGGAAAUGAUUAGCAAGCAGAAUAACGGGAAAUGGCAGUGUAUAAACAGAAAUAUGACAAAGGGUCUACCAAAGAUUAAAGUUGCUCGCAACCAAUUGAUUCUUGAAGCUUAGUUCGGCCGCAGCAUGAAAUGCCAGUGAGAGAUAACGAUCGAAAUCCUCACUGGCAUCGGUUGGGCGAUAGAUACAGGCAGCGAGUCAAGAUAACUUAUAUUUGAAGCAUCUUGGAGCCAUCAGCUGCCUUCUACCGCGGAAAAAUGCGGGAGGUCCGACGGCAAAAAUGCGAGUGGUUGCUUAACGCAGAUGCUACUUCCGCCACCAGUAGUUUCUUGACGGUCAUUGCGAAUGCAGGUGUAGCUUGGAAAGAAGAGAGUCUGGAGUCAGCUUCGAAAGCUGUCGCCCAUGCCUCAGUUAAUAAAUUAAUGCCUGGGCAAUGGACGAACACCAGAGUCUGUGGAAGGGACAUCUUAUUUGGCAAGCAUCUGGCAUUUAGAAUAAAAAAUUUAAGGUGAUGGACCGGUUUUUUCUGCGGCGGGUGAGCUAAAUAGUUCAGUGAUUGGUUGCCCACGGAAUAUAUGGUCCGGAUGGACCUAUCCGGUUCUAUAAAAAAAUUUGUGGCAUUAAAAUAGCCUGAUGUGGAUUAAAAGGAGUAGGAUUUGGGGCACGAAAUGAUGGGCAGGGAAACGAAUGACUAUUGUUAGCCGGUUAAUUUUCUGCUGGAAAUCAACGGGCCGGAUGCCGUGACGUAUUCCCGCCGGAGCAGAACUGAAAACCGGGUGAGUUAAUUAACCCAGUAUGAACAUUAGCAUAAGGACUGCAUUGGUAAAACGGCCGUGGAGAGAAAAUGAUGGGGCGUAGUUUUGAACGAUUAAAGUGUCAAGAGUUCUAUCUUGACCAACGGGAUUUUCGAGUUAACCAUACACAGUGACGGCAGCGAACACAUGCUAGCACCCGCUGUGUCUCCGACCACGAUUCUAGCACUGAGAGAUGGCGUGAAGACCGCAAGCUUUCGUCUUUUAGCGUGUUCUUCGGAAAAUUACAGGGUAAUAGAUGGGUUUUCGUUGCAGUACAAGGGUCGGAACGUUGCUAACAUAGAACAAAACGCACUGUUGGUUUACUACAAAAAACCAGAAGGAGACAGUCUGACACGAAGUCACUAAAAAGGCGCGUCGCAAUAUACGGCAACUUUACCAGGCUGUCUAACAAGACUGGGAGAAAUUGAACCCGGCACCGAGAAGCGACAUUUAAAAGGACUCAAAUAAAAUAGGCAUUAAUUGCCUAGGAAUAUCAAAGUAUAGUCAGUGCUUCACUUAUCUUCGAGAUUGAGCUGCGCGCCUUGACCUUGACCUUAUAGUGAGCAAAAUUGCCUCCGUGUCGUCGGUAAUCUUUUUAAUGAUUUGCAAAUACGACCACUCCUCUACCCUGGCGCUUUCCCUGCCUCUCCCAUAAAAUUAGUAUCCUGACAGUGCUAAUUCGCUAUCAUCGACGUUCUAUGACAGCCACGUUUCCGUUAUUGCUAUAACAUCUGGAGACGUAUCGGCAGUCUGAGUUCAUCGGACUUAAAAAUGUAUUAUCGAUCGCUUACUCGAUUGAGUAUGAGGAACGAGGAAAUCCACCUAACAUAUACAUUUUGCAGAAUAUUUCUUUGGAGUGCGAGAAUGAAAUCUCAGGACCGUCUGCUGCUGCUGUUGUUGAUGUUGUUCCUAUUGACCUAACUGUGAAAAGCUCGGCGCCUCGGUGGGAUUCGAAACCAAACAGAAAGGGGAAGGCCUCAAUACAGCCAACGCUCUAUCCACUUAAGCUACGAGGCCCCGCCGGACGACUCGAGUUUAAUCACAUCGAUGAGUUGUUGUUGUUGCUGUUGUUGUUGUUGUUGUUGUUGUUGUUGUUGUUGUUGAUGAUGAUGAUGAUGAUGAGGAGGAGGAGGAGGAGGAGGAGGAGGACGACGACGAUGAUGAUGAUGAUGAUGAUGAUGAUGAUGAUGAUGAUGAUGAUGAGGAGGAGGAGGAGGAGGAGGAGGAGGAGGAGGAGGAGGAUGAGGAUGAUUAA